AUGAUGUCUCGGCAGAAUCAGUUUCUUACAUUGCUUAAGAGAAGGUUUCAUUCACCGUCUAAUGAUGCCCCAACUGAGACCUUAAGAAAAAAGAUAAUUGAUUUGCAAAAAAGUAAGAAGCGAAGGAACCCAAUAAAAAACCAGUUUCUAGUUGAGGUUCCAGAAUCAAGAUCGUAUCUGGACACAGCAACGAUGCCUAUGUUCCUCGCCGUGGUCGGUAUUGCAUUGUUUGCCAAGGUGUUGAUGAUGAUCGAUGAUUCAAAAUCCCAAGAAAUGAUUGAACGCAAGAUAAAGAAUGCACCACCUGGGCAAGGGACGGUGCGGAUGCUAGAGCGUGAGGAGUGGGAUGAGUUUAGAGAAGUAAGGCCAAGAACCCCUUUUGAGUCGAAGCUUGCUCGCCCAAAUGCGCAAAUAAGAACUGGAGAACCUGUACGCAAGGAUGACUUGAAGAACUGGAGUAUAGACGUGCUAACAGAUGCACUUGCACGAACAGAAGAAAGUGUUCGUCGCGGUUCCAGUUGA